AACAUCAAAACAUAUCACUUUCAAAUGUUCAAAAUUAUCUCGAUCUUUAACUUCCGCACCAAAGCCACUUCCAAAUGUACCUAUUUUAAUCCUAUCUCUUCUAGAACAACGAGAGAGGUUACAACAUAGUUGGUCUUAACUAUUACUUUGCAUUUAGUCACAAAACUUGUAUGUUUUUGAUCAAAUUAUAUAAACAUAAGCUUUCUUUUCAAUGUUCAAAAGAAAAGCUGAUAUGAUAAAGUGAAAAAGAAAUUGAGCAGAGAGAGACGUUAGUGGAAGAAGAACUGAAAGAGAAAGGCGGGCGACCUUUGCUGACCCUUCAAGUCUCUCCCUCCCUGCAUGUCCCCUUUUCCAUUUUUGAACUGUUUUACACUUUACGCUUCUCUCUCUCUCCCAAUUCCACCGUUCCGGUACCGGAAAUUCAACAAACUUCCCUAAUAUUUCUCUAUCACAAAUUUUAAAACAGACCCACAAACACUGCAGCUUACUAGCUUUAGUUUUAUGUCUUUAACUUUUGUUUUCAAGAUUCUUGCUUCACACUUAUUAUUCAACUAUUUCAUACUUGGGUUUUUCUAAAGACUUCAUUUUUAGCUUUAAAAAAAAACUUUUUUUUUUUUGGGUUUUGCGUAUGGAGUAUUAAGAGGAAGAUUAUGCUGUAUUAGGGCUUGAUUAGAGGUAAGGAUUUUAGGAAUGGAGUCGAAGAUUUGCAUGAAUGGACUGUGUGGGACAACUUCUUCAAUUGAGUGGAAAAAAGGGUGGCCUUUGCGAUCUGGUGAAUUUGCGACCCUCUGUGAUAAGUGCGGACUGCAGAUGGGAUGAAUUGACCUAAUGCACCUACUGGGAGCAAGCUUUGAUUCCUACGGUUUUCAGUCUAACUCUUCGACUGGUAGAAUACAUCCAAAAUAUGUAGUCCCCUUCAAAAGGAAUGCUUAUGAACAACUACUCUUCUGUGAUUUAUUCCACUCGGAGGACACUGGUUGGAGGGAGUGCAUUUCAUGUGGCAAGCGUCUUCAUUGCGGAUGUAUUGCUUCUAGCUCUUUGCUAGAGCUGCUCGAUAGCGGGGGCAUUAAUUGUAUCAGCUGUGUGAGGAGCUGUCAGCAACAUGCUACCCCAAAUCAUGAGAAGCCUAAAGCUUUUGGAACUUCUAUCUCAAACAGUGUUGGUGAAACAGCUUCCACUUCUCUGGGCAGUCAGAUAAAUGGUUCAGAACCAAAUAAAAGAGAGGGUUCUGACAGUAUUGAUCCAGCACUUCUGCUCCUACACCAGAAUGACAACACCAAUAGUCCUAUAGGCCAAAUAAAAAUGGAAGAAACCUUCCAUCCUGCUGGAGAAUCUGGAAGCACUUUUUCAUCAAAUUUGUUUCAGGCUUCGGCGGAGUUCUCUAAAAAUGCCAAACUGGAUUCAUAUAACGGAUACAAAGGAGUUGUAGAGAUUCAUGGAUCAACUGUGCAAACAAAUUUAAGCAUAGCUCUGUCUGCACCUUCACCGAACUCAAAGCUCUUUCCUACUACAUUGGAUGAGGGGGACCUGAACAAGACAAUAUCUUCCUUGCAGCAAGGGUCUAGAUCUCGAAAUCUAUUGCCCAAACCCCCAAAAUCUGCCUCUGCUUUGGGACCGGAGAUGAAUGCUGGCAUAAUUUCACAGAUUCGUGUUGCCAGACCACCUGUUGAAGGUCGGAUUAAGAAUCAGCUGCUUCCACGCUAUUGGCCAAGGAUAACAGACCAGGAGUUGCAGCAAAUAUCUGGAGACUCAAAUUCCACCAUCAUACCAUUAUUUGAGAAGGUCCUGAGUGCAAGUGAUGCAGGUCGAAUUGGCCGUUUGGUGCUUCCUAAAGCGUGUGCUGAAGCAUAUUUCCCACCAAUUUCUCAACCAGAAGGCCUUCCUCUGCGGAUUCAAGAUGUGAAGGGCAAAGAAUGGGUAUUCCAGUUCAGAUUUUGGCCAAACAACAACAGCAGGAUGUAUGUUCUCGAGGGUGUGACCCCUUGCAUACAAUCUAUGCAAUUACAAGCCGGAGAUACAGUGACUUUCAGCCGCAUGGAUCCAGAAGGAAAGCUUUUAAUGGGGUUUCGUAAAGCAUCAACUGUUAAAAUAACUCAGGAAAAUCGUCUGUCAGCCAUACCCAAGAAUGUUUUCUCUACUGAACCCACCUCCUUCUCAGCAAUGCCUGAGAAUCUACCUUUGAUGAGUGGUUAUUCUGGCCUUCUUCAAUCAUUUAAAGGAAGCAGGGAGUCUUCUGUGAAUUUAUCCUCGAAGCAUUUCAAUAGUGGUGAUUUUAGCUGGUACUUAACGGAGAAGAACGGAGGCAGGAAUGCAGAUGGUGCCUUCUCCCCUUCAAUGCCUGUAUCAGAGCGUAAAAGAAGUCGUAAUAUUGGGUCAAAAAGUAAGAGACUGCUCAUUGAUGCCCACGAUGCUUUGGAGUUGAAGCUUUCAUGGGAGGAGUUACAGGAUAUGCUCCGACCACCACUGAGUGUUCAGCCAACCACUGUCACCAUAGAGGACCAAGAAUUUGAAGAAUACGAACAACCACCUGUUCUUGGGAAGAGGAGUAUAUUUACUGUCCGCUUAUCUGGGGAGCAGGAGCAGUGGGCUCAAUGUGAUAAUUGCUUUAAGUGGCGAAAGUUGCCAGCUGAUUAUCUUCUACCUCCUCAUUGGACAUGUCAGGACAACAUUUCAGAUCAUAGCAGGUCCUCUUGUUCCAUCCCAGACGAUUUAACACCCAGAGAGCUUGAAAAUCUUUUCAAAAUGGACAAGGAUUUCAAGAAACAAAGAAGUGCAGCAGGCCAAAGGAUAACACAGGCCCAUGAUUCUUCUGAUUUAGAUUCUCAAGCAAAUGGAAUAAGCAUUGCUGGUGACCUAGGAGAGCCUGGUCCCGCAUCAGUUGCAACAACAACUAAACACCCAAGGCAUCGACCUGGAUGUUCUUGCAUUGUGUGCAUCCAGCCUCCCAGUGGGAAGGGCAAACAUAAUCCAACAUGUACUUGCAAUGUCUGCAUGACAGUGAAACGUCGUUUCAAGACACUUAUGAUGCGCAAAAAGAAGCGUCAAUCAGAACGUGAAGCGGAACUUGGCCAGAGGAAUCAACUUAUGUGGAGUUCCAAGGAAGAGACUGAAGUGGACAGCUUCUCUAGACCAGUGAAACCAGAAGUUGAUCCUUCAGAGAAAGAAAGAUCUGGAAGCGAGACACUGGCGAGGGGCCAUAGCAGCUAUCAAUUGCAGAAGCUUCCGGAAAUAAGUAAGUCGCAAUUAGACUUAAACUGUCACCCAAAUCGUGAAGAUACCGGUUCAUCUCAUAUUAGCAUGAUGUCUCUUCUUCAGCAAGCAUGUCUGCCGCUAGAGACAUAUCUGAGGCAGAAUGGUCUAACAAGCUUAGUUUCUGAGCAACAAGGGAGCUCAGGGUCCCAAGGGUUGCCCCAAGACACCAGAGAGAGUGACCUACGCGUCCAAGAGGAUCUGUGCCUUGCUUCUACUGCUCAAGAGCAAGAGAAGGAUGUCCCCAAGGAAAACUCUGAACCAGAUCAAACUGGAAAAGACCAAUGAUGAAACAUGAAAUCCUUUUGGUUGCUAAUGCUCCUUUCUAUUCUUUUUCUUGAUGGACCAACAAUACAGAAGAUUUCCACUACCUUGUUGAUAUCUUGUAGUUAUUAGGAGUAUGUGAAGCAAGUGGAUGUUAAAAAUAUUUGUGUUUAUAGGUUGUACUAUGUGUGUCCUGCAAAAUAUAUUUAGAUGAUUUCCCUCAUGAGUAACAACUUUUAAAGGUCAUAUAAUUUCCAAUAGCCCAUGAUGUAUUUGCUUGAUAUCUUUUGUUGGAUUAAACACUUGUGAUGGACAAAGGAGUUGAAAAGAAAGUCACUAAUAUGUAUAUGAAAAAUUGAAAUUGUUUCAACAAA